AUGUCGUUUUAUCGCACUGCUGUUUUUGGAGCUAAAGGUCUUUCGGAGUAUACUCGGUCUGGUUUUGAAUCGGCUGCUAAACGGUUCAAUCAGGCCGAUACCGAGGUCGAUUUAACUGGGACACAUGUAAUGAUUACUGGAGCGAAUUCGGGCAUUGGCAAAAUAACUGCACUGGAAUGCGCUAAACGACAAGCUCAUGUUUAUAUGGUUUGUCGGGAUGAGACACGAGGAAAAGAGGCUCAAGAGGAAAUUAUACAAAAGUCGAACAAUCGUAAUGUUGAUUUACAUAUUUGCGAUUUGUCGCAACCGAAAGAAGUUUUGAAAUUUGCGAGAAACUUUGUUCAAUCGAAAAAACCGCUCAACAUUCUAUGCAACAAUGCUGGAUGCAUGGCCAAUGAGCGACAAUUGGUUGACAAUGAAUAUGAAGUGAACUUCGCGACGAAUACACUGGGAACGUACAUUUUAACAAGCAAUUUCAUACCAAUCCUUAUGAACAAUCAACCUGCUCGCGUGUUCACAACAAGUUCAGGAGGCAUGUUUAUGUGUCGACUGGAUCCUGAUGACUUGAAUUCAACGAAAAUGAGUUCGUUCAACGGUGAUCUCGUCUAUGCACAGAAUAAGCGACAACAAGUGGUGAUGAUGGAACGAUUUGCACAACGAUAUCCAUCGAUCUUCUUUGCUAGUUGGCAUCCCGGUUGGGUAGAUACACCAGCUGUGCGUACAUCAAUGCCAUCUUUUUACUCGAAGAUGCAAAAUCGACUUCGCACACCCGAACAAGGGGCGGAUACACUCGUAUGGCUUUGUUGCUUGAAAGAUAUUGCGAAUCGAUUUGCCAAUGGUGAAUUCUUUCAAGAUCGAACUGUUGUUUCGAAACAUUUACCAUUAGCAUGGACAAAAUCGAGUGUCGAAGACGAUGAGCGACUCAUGAACAAUCUCGAGGAAAUCUGCAAGAAAUAUUCCCAGUGA